AUGAGUGCUGAGGGAUUCCUAGGAAAAAUAGGUACGCAUCCUGAUAAACUAAAUGAAGCCAAAGACGAAGAAAUAUGGGAAGGUAUGAAUAUACAAAUUCAUCGUGCAGCUAGACAAUUUCCAGAUGGUAAAUUGUAUGCAACUAUUACGAUCGUGCCCAAAUCUGCGGAACGCCUUAUUGCAAGUUUCCGAUUAAUUGUCGAUGGAUGUGAUAGAGAUGAAUUCGAUGGAUCUUUUCGAUUCAUAUCUAUAUCAGGUUUUGAUAUCACAAAAAAAGACAAAACCAUAGGUAUAAAAAUUCAAGCCUUUCCUCACAAUAAGCAUUAUGAAACGAUGGAAAAAAUAUCGAAACCUUGUUCCUUCUUCCUUAGUCGUCACAGAUUUAAGCUAAGUCCAAUUAUAUAUUUCUUUUAUGUCAAAGCAACUUCUACUUAUAAUAUGACAAUCAGAUGGAAUCAUAUUGGUGGUCGCGUUGGUCAAAAAUAUAUUGUUUACUUCGACAAAAGAGAAAUUCAAUAUGUAAAUCGAUUUAUUAAAUUUUCAUGUAUUGUAAAGUAA